AUGGAUGAUAAAAAAAGAACAAGUACAAGUUUAACGGCUGAAGAGUACGUUUUCCCAUGUGAUAAAAAUGAAAAUGUAGAAGAUAGAAAAAAGAUAAAAGAUUUAACUACAUUAUUAAAUAGCUACACGAAACAUGAUGCUUUAGAUGAUGUUAGUGAUUUUUUAGCUAGCUCAUACAAAAGCUUCCUAAUUAAUUGUAUAUAUGUAGAAUUGAAAUGUACUACUAGUAGAGAAUUGAACACUCUGAUAAGCAUAUGUCUAGAUAUCAUAAAAAACAAUCACGAAAUAUUCAAGUACCAAAAUAUUUAUUUUAUCAGUCUAAAUACGCUAUUUUUCUUACUAAAUAAGGUGGAUAAUGUAAACAAUUACUUGGAAUAUUUGUCAUUCAGAAUUUUUUACAAUUUAUUAUUUGCAGAUAAUUGGACAAAGGACAAUCACAUUGAAGUAUUUGCAAAAUUGAAUUACAUUAAUUUUUUUAUCAUAUCGAAAAUUUUUAAAAAGUAUGUAAUAGAUCCCAACAAUGAUUCUGACAUUCCCCCCACUUCUCGUAUUAACAAAAUUAUAAAUCACGUAUCUGUCGAAUUUUUAUCUUAUGAGAAGGAGAAUCAUUACACUGUAAACAAAAGUGGGGUCAUAGAAAAUACCGAGAAUAUUCGACUAAAUAAAAACUUUAGUCUUUGUCAUGAUUAUUGUGACCAUUUAAAUUCAGUAAAUGUUGAACGUGCAUCUUCUUUAUCAAGGAAUAAAUACAUUUUUCAGAAUUUACAAGAUACCUCCAUACUCGUUCCUAUAAAUCUUAAAAAUAGGGAGAUAUUUGUUAACUAUCAUAAUGAUAAGAUAUUAUGGCAUAAAAGACGCAAAAUUGUUAUAUAUGAACAUACUUUAGAAGAGAAAAAAAAAACAAGUAAUGAACAACAUAACGGUGAUUCUAAUGUAACCUUGGUUAAUUCAAAUGAUGAACUAGUUUUAAAAAUUUACCAAACGAUUAUUCAUUUGGUUAUCAAAUUUGACUUAACUAUUUACAUUAUAUGUGAAUGCAUAAAUGUGUUGUUAAAUUUAUGUGAAAAAUGCAAUCAGGAAUUAAUACUUUAUGAUUUUCUAUUGUUAUACAAAUUUUUCCUAAAAAGUGACCAAAAAAAAAAGUCACAACGAUUUAUUACCUUUAUGAUACAGUUAAUUACCAAAUGUAGAAAGGAAAUUCAGAAACAAUUAUUUUUUAAAUUGAUAAAAGGUUUUAACUCCUUUUUGAAUCUCCUUUAUGUAGAUAAUUCUGACAUACGUAUGCAAGCUAAAGGGUGUUUACUAUCAUUAGAUAUAUUUUAUGAACACUUGAAUAACAGCACAACAGGACAGAAGCAGCAUUUACAUAGUUCUAGUACACAUAUCAGAGGGCAUCAUAUGGCAAUAUGUGUAAAUAAUGAAAUUUCUAGAAUUAUGAAUUUAAUUUUAUUUCAUCUUAAUUAUAUCCAUGAUGUUAGUAAUAACCAGUAUGCGGAUAAAGUCACGAAAGAAGCUGAAUAUGACAAUUUUUUUAAGAUUAGAGCAAGUAAAGAUUUUCUGUUGAAAAGUUACAUAAAUAAACAAAUUAGCAUAAAAAAAGAUAAAUUAUUUUGUAAAGACAAAAAUGAAACAAAUAAAAACAUCAUAAUUACAAAUAAUAUAGUAGAAAUGGAAAUUUUGAUGAAAACGUUUGACUGUAUUUUUAGUCUUGUUCCAGAUAGAACCAGUUACAACGUAUGCUUUAUUUUUUUUUUCAUAAGCACUUUGAUGUCAAUUAAAAAAAUAUGUAAAAAUAAGCAGUUUGAAUUUCCAAAAAAAUUCUUCUUUUUUAUAAAACAUUUAUUUAUCCAAACAAUAUACGUGCUAGAAAGCAUAGACAGAAUGGAAGACCAAACAAUGAAUAGCAAAAACAUAACUGCAAUAGUCGAAUAUUUUAGUAUCGAAAAUGAAACAAGUUAUAAUAAAAACAGUAAUAUUACUCUAUUUGAAGAAAGAGAUGUAAAACAAAUUAUUGAACGCAUUAAACUUAGCAGCAGAGUAAGAAGUGAUAAACCAUUUAUUUUGCUUCUAGAGGAAAUGUAUUCCAGAGUUAUAACAUUUUUAAUGCCAAAUGAAAAGAAAUGGACCUUUUUAAAUUCUUCAAAUUUUUACUUUUUCAAAAAGGUUCUGUUAAGAAUAUCACAUUUUUACCAUAAAAAAAACGGAAGUAAAAAUAUGAUGAAGUUAUUCUUUUUGAAAAGCAUUUUUAAAAACAUAAAAAAAAAAACGAAAUGGAAGUUGAACUUUAAAAAGGUGCAUGGUGAAGAAGAGAACAUAACUUUACAAAAUAUGCAGUUAGGUUAUAAGAAGUAUGCAAAGCUUUUUUGUGAAAAACCAAAAUACAUAUCAUCAGAAAUGGCAUCUUAUUUUUCAUUUUGCUUAGAUUUUCUAAAAACAUUUGUUUUAUUUGAUAAAUCACUUAGUUACCAUUUAAAGGGAAGUAAAUAUAAAAGUCUUAUUAUAAACAUUUGCAAAACUACAAUUUUUAAGUACAAUUUUUUUUUACCUGCCAAGAGUACAACCAACUGCUUUUUCCAUUCAAUUAUAGUCCUUCGCAAUGUCUAUUUAAACAUUUAUAAGAGUGGAAAGGGAAAUAAAUUAUUACAUGAAAUUUGUGUUACAAUUUUUUUAUGUUGUAACAAAGCAUUGAACAGCAUUAAGAGGGAUGAUGUUAUUUUUCAUAAUAAUAACAAGUUGGGGUGUCUUAAGAAACAUUAUAAAAUGAAACAGAGUUCAUACAGCAUAUUUUCUGACACAAUUAAAACACAGAGUAAAGGAAAGACAUGUCCCAUUAUAAUAACAAACAAGUUUGAAAAAUCGUUUAAAGAAUAUUACUUAAAUAAUUCUUUACCCAUUUUUAUAAAAUGCUUAGACGUCAUGACAGAUAUAGUAAAAUUAAACCUUUUAAGACACAAAGUUAGUAGCACUAGGGUAAUUAUCAAGAAAUCGAAAAUUGAAAAAAGAAAAAAGAAACGACUUAAAAAUUUAAAAAGUGAAAAAAACUUAAUUUUAUUCACUCAUAGAUGUAUGAGCAAUUUGUGUAAAUAUCUUAUAAAAAAAACGAAAGAAGAUUUUUUCUAUAGUGCUCGAAAAUACAUAUUAAAUUUUAUUCAGAACUUUAUCGCAUUAAAUACCAUUUUAACCCUAAAAUAUAAAAUUAGGAAUAAUUUAAAUGUGGAACAAAUUUUGAGUUUCUGUUUUUAUAACAUUUACACCGAUCACGACAUAAGCACUUUUUCAAUCAUACAUUACAUAGCUUUUUGCUUAAAAAAUUACAUAAAUUUAUGUGGAACAAAAAUCAAAAAGUCUAAUCAUUACCUGGACGUAUGUGAUGAUUUAAUAUUCCAAAUUGUUGAUGAAUAUUACUCCUAUGAUUUCCCUAAAACGAAUUUAUGGGAGGAAUAUGUAUCCAAAACUGUUAGUUUUAACUCUUUAAAAAAUACUAGUGUAGAUUGUCCAGGAGAAUAA